UCGCUCCUUCAGCCCAGAGCCGCUGCCGCCGCCGCCGCCGUCGCCGCCGCCGUCGUCAUGGCUGACAACGCCGCCGCCGGCCUGGAGAACCACCGCUUCAAGAGCUUCAAGAAUAAGGGCCGCGACGUGGAGACCAUGCGAAGACAUAGAAAUGAAGUGACAAUUGAACUUAGAAAAAACAAAAGAGAUGAACAUCUGUUGAAAAAAAGAAAUGUGCCCCAAGAAGAAAGUUUAGAAGAUUCAGAUGUUGAUGCUGACUUCAAAGCACAAAAUGUUACACUAGAAACUAUAUUACAGAAUGCUACUAGUGAUAAUCCUAUUAUCCAGCUGAGUGCUGUUCAAGCUGCAAGAAAAUUAUUAUCAAGUGAUAGAAAUCCUCCUAUUGAUGAUUUAAUAAAGUCUGGAAUUUUACCAAUAUUGGUUAAAUGUCUAGAAAGGGAUGACAAUCCUUCCUUACAGUUUGAAGCUGCUUGGGCCUUGACUAACAUAGCAUCAGGCACUUCUUUACAGACUCAAGCUGUUGUACAGUCUAAUGCAGUACCUCUCUUCUUAAGAUUGCUCCAUUCACCGCAUCAAAAUGUUUGUGAACAAGCUGUUUGGGCCCUUGGGAAUAUUAUUGGUGAUGGUCCUCAGUGUAGAGAUUAUGUCAUAUCACUGGGAGUUGUCAAACCGCUUCUAUCCUUCAUCAACCCCUCCAUUCCCAUCACUUUUCUCCGGAACGUCACAUGGGUCAUUGUAAAUCUCUGCAGGAAUAAGGAUCCCCCACCACCUAUGGAGACAGUUCAGGAGAUUUUACCAGCCUUGUGUGUUCUAAUAUAUCAUACAGAUAUAAAUAUUCUUGUGGACACUGUUUGGGCUUUGUCCUAUCUCACAGAUGGUGGGAAUGAACAAAUACAGAUGGUGAUAGAUUCAGGUGUAGUACCAUUUUUAGUCCCCUUGCUGAGCCAUCAGGAAGUAAAAGUUCAGACUGCAGCACUAAGAGCAGUUGGCAAUAUAGUAACGGGUACUGAUGAACAGACACAAGUUGUUCUCAACUGUGAUGUCCUCUCCCAUUUCCCAAAUCUUUUGACACAUCCUAAAGAGAAAAUAAAUAAGGAAGCUGUUUGGUUCCUAUCCAAUAUUACUGCAGGAAAUCAGCAACAGGUUCAAGCUGUAAUUGAUGCUGGACUUAUCCCUAUGAUAAUUCACCAAUUGGCUAAGGGUGACUUUGGCACUCAGAAAGAAGCUGCCUGGGCAAUCAGUAAUUUAACGAUAAGUGGUAGAAAAGAUCAGGUUGAAUAUCUUGUACAGCAGAAUGUAAUCCCACCAUUCUGUAACUUGCUGCAAGUGAAAGAUUCUCAAGUAGUGCAGGUAGUUCUGGAUGGCCUAAAAAAUAUUCUAAUAAUGGCUGGUGAUGAGGCAAGCACAAUAGCAGAAAUUAUAGAAGAAUGUGGAGGUUUAGAAAAAAUAGAAGCACUGCAACAACAUGAGAAUGAAGACAUUUAUAAACUAGCAUUUGAGAUAAUAGAUCAAUAUUUUUCUGGUGAUGAUAUUGAUGAGGACCCCAGCCUCAUUCCUGAAGCAACACAAGGAGGUACUUACAAUUUUGAUCCAACAGCCAAUCUUCAAACAAAAGAAUUUAAUUUUUAAGCUCACGACAAUGCAGCUUGACUACCCUGCAUCGGUAAAAUACACAACCAGAUAUCUACCAUUGGAAAAACAGGCUCCAAGCACAUGCCCCUUUGUCUGAUGCUUCUAAAAGCAAGUUGUAUAUCAGUCAUUUUGCAGUUGCCAAAAGUACCUGUCACAUGGACUGUAAAUGCAUAUGCAUGAUCUCGUACACUGUUCAAUUUUUUUAACAGUCUCUGCUACCUUUCCCCUGAUUUUUUUUCCUUUUCCCGUGAGGCCACAAGCUGAUAACUGCAGUCUACAGUUUUAAGAAUACCUUUUCGUGGUGGCACAUUGGCUUCCCACACAAGAAUAGCUUUCUAUGGAAAUAGCGUGCUAUGGAUCAAGACUCUUUAGUAUGAUUUUGGAAGACUUCUGAGAGGCCCAGUCUAUUUUAAUUUUUUUGAGCCUCAACUGUUGUCCUCUACAAACAUAUUUUCAUAUAUUUAAUGUGGAAGAUAAAUAAAGGAAAAGCAAGUCAAAUUAUUUUCAUUGGUGAUACUGACAUUAAAAAAAAACUUCUUAAAAACUUGGUAAUUAAUUGGUUUAAAACAGACUACAUAUAUCAGUAAUUGUGUUCAUUACUGCCUUAGAAGCUUGGGCUUGAAGAAUGAACAUUGUAUUUGGACUAAUAAAAAGGUGACCAUUAUUCCUAAUUUCUAAGAACAGCAAGCUGUAUUUGACCACUCUUCAGCCUGUGUGUUCCUGCUUUUUUUUGAAAUAAUGAAAUGCUGUGCAUGGUAUUUUACCUGAGCUACCACCUAUUAUGGACUUGAACUUUUGUUUUAAGCUGAAAGCAAGAGUCCAGCAUUAAAGUAACAAAGCUAUUCCAAAUAAGCAUUGGUUGACAAGAAUCUUGCUUUCAUCUUUCAGUAGUCAAUAUAUUUUGGGUUUAAAUUUAUAACUGAAUAAUGUUGAUUUAUAUUGGUUUAAACUGUGGAGCUUUCAUGUUUACUGUAAUUUAGUCUUAAACUAUUUUUUUACUUACCAGUGCUUACGAUGAUGUGGUUGGCAACAAACUAGCAACUAUUUUAGAAGCACCAUAAUAGCUUCUUUUUGGAGUAUUGGAAGAGUUAUAGAAAAAAUAGUCUAUAAACUUAUUCAUAUAGUUAAAAUACAUACUAGUUGUGUGAGGCUUUGUGGAAGCUGCUAUUAUUCAGCAUAAGCAUAAAUGUACAGCUCACAAUGAAGACAUUUACUUGAGCUGGUAACUUGGGAGUAAUGGGGAAAUUAUCCAACCUGGCUCUAAAGAGGAUUUAGGAUUGCUGUGGGUAAACAUGAAAUUUAAACUGUGUAAGCUAUCAGACAAACUGAUAUUGUUGCUGUUGUUCACUGGAUGUACUUUGCUCCCAAUGCCUUGAUGUGAAGGGAUACAAAACGUAAAAGUAACGUAGUUAUUGGAUGUGGGUUGUAUUUACUGUGAUGAAGAUACAGACAGAUGCCAUGAAGAAAGCUUUGUUGAUCAGCUGUUUUUCCACAAUUAAGCAAGACAUUGCAGGUGUUCAUUCUUUUACUAUAUCUGCCAAGGUAGAGCCACUUUAAAGAGUGAUCUUGUAUCGCAAAGGAUACAAGUAUGUGUUUUAAAGUGCAAGAUUUUUACUUGCUAGAUAAUCUGUUUUAAUACAGUGUUUUGGCCUCUAUUUAUAGAUUUUAUAAAUUUUAAAAUCAAUUUCUCUUUAAGGUGGCUCAGACUUUUCAACUCCUGUGCACAUAAAAUUGAGUUGAAGUUCAUUGUGCCUUUUUUCUUUACCCAGACAUUAAAUUAAUUUGGUAACUGUAUCCUAUUAACAUUAUAGUCUAAAAUCCUGAAAUUGUGCUGUUUUUGCUGAAAACUAAGUAAAAAGAAAAUCAAAAUUAGAUUUUGUCAAUUUUGGGAAUUUCAAAGCAGAUAUGCAGUUAAUAAUGUGAACAAAUCUCUUUGUAAACAGUAUCCUCUAUGCCUAUAUUCUUGUCUUAGAUACUUCACUCAAAAUAAGACUGAUGAUUUUUCACUACUGUGAAUAAUGAUUUAUUUCUUGCACUCAGUGCAUUAUAGAUAAACAUAGGAAAAUCAAUUUAGAACAGUAACUUGUCUUUCUCUCAGUUCAUUAUCACCUUAUCAGCUCUUGAUAGAGAUUCAACCAUUUUGUAUUUUUCAGAAAGGGAUAAAGGCUUGGAUUUAAUUAUCCUGCUGCACAAGAGCAGAAGUUACUUGAAACUGUGUUGAGAGAAUUGCUGUUUUUAUUUUCACUUGUUCUUUCCUCCCUCCUUCCAUCUAUAGUCCACAGAAAGUGGUGCUGGAGGGGCCGGAGACCCUUCAAAACUGCUUUUGAUAGGAGAUGUCGAUAGUAGGAAUGGGCAAACUGAUCUCUAACCCCAUAUGUGAGUUUCUUCCAUUUAUGCCAUGGAAUGGGGUCUUUAUAUUCAAGCUAAAAUAUAUUGCUGCACUUUUAAGUUUUCAGAAGUGUUAAAAUUGCAUUGUGUUUUUUUUUAACUCUCAGUUAACAGAGUAAAUUGUUCCUUCAACAGAGGCAUCUAAAUGUGUUCUUAAUUUUGUAUAUGGGCUUAGGUUUUAUAACCAAUAAAAAGCUGCUAUCGAAUAUUAUAAAUAUGGAAGAUCUUAUUUUGAAAACAGUGAAAAUUCAUCACUGUUUAGUCUGUUGAAGGGUUUCAUUUCUUUGACAGUGCAGUAUUUGAGUUAAAAGAUCCCUUCAAUGACCUUUUAAAUUAGUAUUUGAAGUGAGCAUUCGUUUUGAAAGUUCAUCACAAAGAAAGUUUCAUAUUUGAUCCAGAUCUUUGCUCAGUGCCUUCUUAAGAUUAUGGGUCCAUUGACGGAAACAAAAUAUUAUGUGAUGAUGUUUAUAAAACAUAUUGUUUUAGAUGCAUUAUAAAUUACUUAAUCCUC